AUGCCUGAAGAAUUUAUCCACUGGAUUCAGCUAUGUGUCUGUACGGCUUCUUUUUCGGUACAAGUCAAUGGAGAAUUGGCAAGGUUCUUCAGAAGCAAAAGAGGUCUGCGACAAGGGUGUGCGCUAUCUCCUUACCUAUUUAUGAUCUGCAUCAACGUGCUAUCACAUAUGCUAGACAGAGCUGUGGAGCGCAAGCUUAUUGGAUAUCAUCCUCGCUGUAAGAAUAUUUUGCUCACACAUUUGUGUUUCGCAGAUGACCUGAUGGUCUUCACAGAUGGAACAAAGCGCUCCAUUGAAGGGAUUCUCACAGUUUUUGCUGAAUUUGCUGCCAUAUCUGGUUUAAAUAUCAGUAUCGAGAAAUUUACACUCUAUAUUGCUGGAAUCUUAGAGUCUCUGGAAAAAGAGCUUCUCAACAGCUUAUCCUUCUCAUCAGGUACCUUACCAGUUCGCUACUUGGGGCUCCCACUCCUCACCAAGCGCAUGACGGUUACUGAUUACAUGCCCCUGGUUGAGAAAAUAAGGAAAAGGAUGAGCUCGUGGACAUGGAGGUUCUUAUCUCACGCAGGACGGCUCCAGCUUAUCAGCUCGGUUAUAACUAGCCUCGCAAAUUUUUGGCUCUCCGCUUUCAGACUACCUGGUAGCUGCUUGAAAGAGAUUGAAAGUUUGUGCUCAGCCUUCUUAUGGUCUGGUCCGGAUCUCAAGACCACAAAAGCCAAAGUCAGCUGGAAAGAUGUUUGUCUGCCAAAAAACGAAGGAGGUUUGGGGCUGAGACCUUUGAAGGAAACCAAUAAGGUUCUUUGCUUAAAACUAAUAUGGCGCAUUUACUCUUCUCGAUCUUCUCUUUGGGUCAAAUGGAUUCAGUGUUACUUGAUUUGUAAGGGUUCGUUCUGGUCUGUAAAAGUGAGCACAAUAUCCGGAUCUUGGAUGUGGAGAAAAUUGCUCAAUCUAAGGGAGCUAGAGGUGUUGGGUGAGGGAAGACUCAUUGAUCUAGGCAUUGCAGAUAAUGCCACAGUGGCUGAGGUGCUUAUAAGUCACAGAAGAAGAAGGCAUAUAGUUGAUGUUCUCAAUGAGGUGGAAGUGAAGAUUGAGUUACUCCGGCAAAACCUCUCACUAGAGGAGGACAUUCCUUUAUGGAAGCAGGCAGACGACAAGUACGCCAGCAAGUUUAUCACAAAAAAACGUGGGAACAGCUGCGGGUCCCUAAUCAAACCUGCACUUGGAGUAAGGGAGUGUGGUUCUCUCAAGCGACGCCAAAUCCAAGAAUCAUGCAAUCAUCUCUUCUUUGGAUGUCGUUACUCAGGCCAGAUUUGGAAGACUCUUGUUAGAAGGCUUAUGCAGAAUGCUUUCACAACAGAUUGGAACGAACUGAUCGGAAUUAUAUCCAAUCCUAGGUUUACUCCAACAAAAGCUUUCAUUUUGAUGUACACAUUUCAAGCUACAAUGCACACGCUAUGGUGGGAGCGUAAUCUUAGGUGUCAUGGUGAACAACCACGAGACAUACAUUGCUUGACAAAGAUUGUGGACAAGACUGUAAGGCUCAGGCUAUUAUCAGUUAAAGGGAAAGGGCAUAGGUACCUCGAUGAAAGCUUGACUACAUGGUUCGAGUUCAGACAAGAUCCAUGA